AUGUCAGAACAACAACAAUCCCUCAACCAACUCCUCCAAUGGAGCAUCGAAAACAGCGACUCCACCCGCAACAACAAUGCCACCACCACCACCACCACCGACGCACCCACCCAACAACGCGACCCCUCCCGGGGCCUCAACUCCCAAAUGCUCGCCGAACUCCUCGGCGGCCCCUCCGACGCCGACCGCAUGCGCGAAGCCAUGAGCGCCAUCGUAGCCCCCCUCUCCCAAAUCUCCCUCGCGAACAAACUCAUCGCCUGGGACAACCUCGAACAACUAAUCGAACAAAUCGACAACGCCAACAACAUGGACAGCAUGGGUCUCUGGCCGCCGCUCCUCCAACAACUCGAGCACUCCGAACCCGAAAUGCGCAAGAACGCCGCGGCGUGCUGCUCGACCGCCGUGCAGAAUAACGUCAAGAGUCAGGAGGUGUUGCUUGGGAGUGGUGGCGUGCCGAGACUUGCGCGGUUGGCGACGGAGGAUGAGGAUGCGGGGGUUAGGAAGAAGGCGAUUGGGGCGUUGAGUAGUGAGGUGAGGAAUUUUCAGCCGGGGAUGGAUGAGUUGGAGAGGAGUUUGCCUGAGGGCGUGUGGGGCGGGAAGAGGAGGGGGGUGGAUGCGGCGGAUAUGGAGGCUUGUGAUGGGUUGAUGCGGGCGUUGAGGGAGUUCUCGGCGGCGAGGGGGUGA